AAUGUUCUGACUUGCUCUAAGAUGAAGGUAUGGAAGUUUGCAGCCAUUGCAUCGAUGCUCCUCAGUUCCAUGUUAUCCAUUUUAGUUUGUAGAGACAUGUUCAGCGGAAGCCGGGAAUUCAGCCCCUUGCCUUCCUCGCCGUCUUCCUCACGGGAUUCCUCCUCCUCCUCCUCUUCUUCUUCCUCCUCCUCCUCCUCGCUGCCGGCGGCUCCGCGGAGAUCCCCACGGGCCCUGCAACGCCACGGCUCUCUGCUGGCCCAGUACACCGCCCUGCUGGAGAGCUACACGGAGGGCGAGCUCCGGCAGCUGAUCUCAGCUCUGGUGGAACGUUACCGCCAGGCCAUGAACUCGGGCGGGCACGAGCUGCCGCUGUUCCCCCGCUCCGGCAGCCGCAGGAAACGCGCUCGUGCCCGCCACAAACCCUGCGAGCUGCGCGAGCUCGAGGUCAGCGUCAGCGAGCUGGGCCUGGGCUACGAAUCGGACGAGACCGUUCUGUUCCGCUACUGCAGCGGCACCUGCGAGGCCGCCGUGCGCAGCUACGACCUCUCCCUCAAGAGCAUGAGGAGCCGUAGAAAGAUCCGGAAGGAGAAGAUUCGGGCCCGGCCGUGCUGCAGGCCGCUGGCUUACGAUGACGACGUGUCCUUCUUGGACGCCUACAAUCGCUACUACACCGUCAACGAGCUGUCGGCCAAGGAGUGUGGCUGUGUGUGA